AUGUCAAACCCUCUCAACUACUGGCCAGGCGGAAUCCCUGCCCAUAUUCGAUGCCAUCCUGGAAUCAUCACUGGCCUCUGGAGCAAUACAGUCAAGGGUUGGCUAUUGUUUCUCAAGGAACAUGCUGUGCCCCGCGACUCCAGCAACAUUGAGGCAGACUUCGAAAUCAAGCAGCGACGCAAGCUCGUAGACCAAUGGGCAUCCAUGACCCAGGCGGACAGGGACUCGUACCAUAGCAGAGCUCCCGAGCCUCAGGGAGCUGACAGUUGGGAUCCGCCUCAACUUAAAAGCCCUGAUCCCGACUUAGUGGGCUAUAUCCAGCGCGGCUUUGUCAACCUUAUCGUCCAGCAGCCCCUUGACUCGAGAAACCGUGCAUUAUGGGUAAAGCUGUGCAUUCUGCUAUAUCGACUGGAUAUGGACGAAUACGAACACAGUUUUGGGCCUGAAAGAGUAGUCGUGAUUUAUUCUAACCCUGCAGACAACGCCCCGGUCACGCCCGAAACCUUUAUGGCUCACUGUUUCGUUGAAGCGGCCGACUUUGAGGGAUUGUUUUUCGCGGAUCAAGAAUCGCUUGAUACCGGCCGCCUGCUCUUGUGCGAUUUCGAGGCCAAUGGUCAAGUCAAAGCCUCCUCUCGUAUAUGGCCACUUUGGACCUCGAUGGCAUAUGGUUAUAUCAUGGGGAUAGGCUGGUACGCCGAUCGUGUUAUCAGGGACUACGAGCACGGUGACGGUGAUUGCGACGCAAACGCAGCUAUUGACAUGGAGCUACCGAUCAUUGACCUGCUCAAAGAGAAGGAGAGGUUUAUGGAGAAUGAUGUGGAUACGGAUCUCUGGGAAAAUGCCAUUGAACAAUAUGCCCCUGGCUACCUGGAGAUGGAGGCGGCGGGUAAUGGUAUGGCGCCUGAGUAUGAUCUCGGAAACCUUAUGAAGUAA